AUGAUUAUAUUGGGUUAUUCGAAAAGCAAAGAUCCUCAUAGGGUUUGUAACAUAUGUAAAUCUGAGACGGAUAUCCUUAAAUAAUUUGUUAAAACCAAUAUUAUCCAGUUUAAUAAAGAUUCACUAGGAAUGGAGUGGCUUAAAAAUCUUGGUGUGGACAUUCGAUAGAUAAAAGAAUAAUACAAAAUUUAAGAUUAGAAGGAUAUGCUUGAAUACACUUAGUUUAUGAAUUAGUUGGAUUCCAUUUACGAUGAGAUAGAUAGAAAAAUGAAUUAUUCAAUAAGAGACUUUCUGAGUUUGGUAGUGUAGGUAGACAAAGGUUCGGUAUUGGGCUCUAUCAGGAAUGUCCUUGGAACCUUCCUCAGAAAUCAUCCAGAAGUUGGCUAUCACCCAAGUUUGGUUUUCACUACUUUGAUUUUACUGUGUUUAAGCUCUGAAGUUACAUCUUAUGGAUUGCUCAAAGUGAUGUACACACAAAUAAUUCCUAAAGCCUUGCAUUUUCGUAACUUAAGACUCGGCUACGACUUUAAAUCUGAGCUUGGUGUGAUGAUCAAAUCAUUCCACAAUUUGAAAAUUCCAACUGAACCUAUCAAGCCCUUUCUGUAAGAAGUGGGGCCAUACAUCGUGUCUUUGACAAUAAAUGCUUUUGAAAUAUAGACAUCUCUGUUCAUGUUCUCUUAAUUAUUUUAAGAAGAUGGAUUUAAUGAAUUUAUAAAGGUGCUUGCUUGUUCGUUUAGUGUUCAUCAAUUCAAAGAGUCUGUAGAAAGGAACAAAUUAUUUAUCCUUUGGAAUGUCAAAGAUCAAUAGUUUUAGAAAUACUAUUACGAAACGAAAAAACAAAGAAGUGACUCUAAUAGCAGUGUGAGAUCGAUGAGUCAAUCAGAAUAACAAUAAUAAUUAGAAAACAAAUUUAAAUAAUAAAUCAGUUUACUUCAAUAAGAAAAUUCAUCCUUAAAAUAAGAAAUGGCAGUUGAUAAGAUUAAGAUUUCUAAACAAAAAAUAGAGAUCGAUUAGCUGGCUGAUUAAAUAUCAAGUUUUUAGGACGAAAUCAAGAAUUUAAAACUACAAUAUCAGAAAAUUGAAACAGAAAACUCUAAUCUUUUGGAAUCCAAUCAAAAUCUGAAAUUAUAAUUUAUGAAAUAAGAAAAGGCCAAUGAAUCAUCAUCUUUUACAUUAUCCACUAAAAGUGAUUCAACCCAUCUAGAGAAUGAACUCUUAAGAUGUAAAUAAGAAAUUGAAGUCUUAAAGCUUUAAAACACUAAUCCAACCUAAAUGACUUAAUUAGUUAAAUUAAAGAAUGAGUAAAUUGCAAAAUUAACUCAAGAAAAAGCUGAAUUAGAAAAAAAAAUAGAGGAGCUUGAAGAACCUAAAAUAUCUAAGAGAACAUCCUCAGUUGCUUAAAUUAGUAGUGUUAUUAAAGACUUAGAGGAUGGUAAAAAUCUACUUGAAAAGAAAAAUUAAGAAAUCUUGUAUUUAAAAAAAUAAAUAUAAGAAUUGUAAUUAUAGAAAAAAACAGAUUAAUCUAUGACUUCAUCUCAAACUUUAGUUGAGAUCUCUCAAAGAAAUUCUAAAGUUGAUAAUGAAGAUGAUGUUUCAGAUGAUCUUCAAUUAUUGAUUCAAGAUUCAGAUCCUGCCAAAAAAAUAGCUGUUAGGAAUAUUAAAUAGAUGAUAAGUAAAUUAAAUGAGGAACUUAUCUAUUAUAAGACUUCAGCAAAACUAAAGAAAGAAUAAGUAGAACCAUUCCGUUAGAAAAGUGAGUCAUUAUAAAAAUAAUUGGACUAUUUAGUUGAAUAAAACAAAGAAUUAUAAAUUGAAAUUGAGCAUAAAUAAGAUCUGAUAUAAGAACUUGAAAAAAAGAAAGUCAAACAAACUAUUGAUCCAAGACCAUAAGUUGUUCAAGAUGAUAGACGAGUCUUGAACGAAAACAAGCAAAGUUGUGCUGCAAAUUCAGAUUGCAAGAUUUUCUGA